CUUCUCUAGUACACACUUUUCUCUCUCAACACACUCGUACAAACGCUAUCUUCCUUCGGCAUUGGUCUGGCCACUCACUUCGAGUUCUCAGACCAUUUCGUCUCUACCCCUCGGCGAGCUCUGAAGGCAUAGCCUAAGGAAGGUAGCCCCUUGACAUCGCCCCCGCUCAGGCAUCUAUCUUUACGGAGUCCGACUCCGAGAUGACCUUCUACUACGACGUCUCCGAGAGCACCGACUCUGGAUCUGAGGCAUGUGGCUCUUCCUCUAGCGACCCUGUCGUUGUCAACUGGGCUGUCACCUCCGGCAUCAACUCUGGUGUUCCCUACUGUGAACAGUCUCGAGGUUACACUCUCGAACAAAUUGGUACCAACAACAUUGUCGCGAUCAACGCCGCGACUCUCUCUGGCGACCCCGCCAAGUACUGUGGCCGUGAAGUUCAAAUCUACAACGCCGACGGCAGCAAGUUUACGAACAGCGGCGGAUCGCUUUACAUCUGGGAUGGGUGCGCUGCUUGCGAGACUGCCGACUCUGCUAUUCUUGACCUUUCGGCUGCCACUUUUGUCGAGUUGAAAGGCGGAACAUGCUCCGGUUCCAACCCCACCGGUCUCACCUACGAGAUCCUCGACAACUACGUCGUCGACCCUUCAGUUGGUAUGGGCUCCAGCUACACUGCUGAAGGUAGCGUCGAUUCUUCUUCCAGCACCGACGCCGCUUCAGCCUCGUCUUCAUCUGCCGACCCCAUCGUUUCCGUCUCUGCUUCUAUCGGUGUCUCCGCUUCCUUCGGCGAUGGCACUCCCUCCUCUUCCUCCGCUGCUGCGCCUUCCGUGACUUCCGUCCGAAGCACCCGCUACUCUUCCACCCUCUUCGCCGUCUCUUCCUCUUCUGCCGACGCUGCCGAGGGAUCGCCUUCGUCUGCUGAAGCUUUGAUUGCCGCCGCCGUCACCUCCGCUUCCACCGCCUCUGUCGCUUCUUCUCCCUCAUCCUCUGCCGCGCAGAGCGUGGCCUCCGCGUCAACUAGCUUGACCUCCGGGACAGAUGGAAAUUGCACAUACGGUGCUUGGCAGUGUGAUGGUCUCACUUUGCAAGUCUGCAACUACCAGUCUACUAGUUCUCUUGGUAAGCCUCUUUACCACCUUCUGUUUGACAAACUGACGAAAGAGUAGGUUGGGAGACGAUUGAAACCUGCGGAUUUACUUGUGAGGUUACGGACAGUGGGUCGGUGGACUGUGAAUAAACACACACUUUCUUCCUACCUCCCCUUCGCCCUCUCGCUCCACGGGUCCUCGGCGAUCUUUUGUCCAUCGCGUCCUUCUCGUUUUCCAUCAUCUGUCUUACAAAUCUAUAAAGAGCUUUGAUAGUUCGCCAUCAAACAUACUUAUAUACCUUCUCUAGAAGAGAAUGGCAAUCAGUACUGGUACUCGAGUAUGCAUAAUGCGCUUGAUGCGAC